AUGGAGGAUGACCCUGCAGAACGGCUCAGCGUUGUCAAACGCAGAGAUGUUCUAACAAACUCCAGAAAGAACAGCUUUAAUGUCAUCACCACUAACUUACAUUGGCUUCUCUGCACCCUUAAAGAUCUCUCCUUUCACUACCAGUACUGCUCAGAUUUCAGGGUCACCUUGUCCUCCACGGACUGUUACAUCGUGCAUGAGAUCUACAACGGAGAGAAUGCUCAGGACCAGUUUGAGUAUGAGCUGGAGCAGGCCCUGGAAGCACAGUACAAAUACAUAGUGAUAGAGCCCACUCGCAUUGGUGAUGAGACGGCCCGCUGGAUCACUGUCGGGAACUGCCUGCACAAGACGGCUGUGUUAGCGGGCACCACCUGUCUCUUCACCCCUUUGGCACUUCCAGUAGAUUAUUCCCACUACAUCUCGCUGCCCGCUGGUGUGCUGAGCAUGGCUUGCUGCACCCUUUAUGGUAUCUCCUGGCAAUUUGAUCCUUGCUGCAAGUACCAAGUAGAGUAUGAUGCCUAUAAACUUUCCCGCCUGCCCCUGCAUACGCUCACCUCCUCCACUCCAGUGGUGCUGGUGAGGAAGGACGACCUGCACAGAAAGAGACUGCAUAACACGAUAGCACUCGCUGCCCUGGUGUACUGUGUAAAGAAGAUCUAUGAACUCUACGCUGUAUGACUUCAGCAGGGAAGAGAGAAACCCACAAAGACAAGUGUAUUAAGACUCCCACAGUAACAUUUUGUUUUUCCUCUUUGAGAAGCAGUGGAGACUGGGAAGGAGUUGGUUUAAUAGAGCUGUUAUUUUUAAAAUAACACAUCACAGGUGCACCAAGGUUUUUCAGUUCUUCAUUACACUUAAAAUGUGGAUGUGCGAUGACUUGAGAGAGCUGUAUGUUAGGCCACGGGAGUCUAAUCCAGCAGCGGGAUGUCGGCGAAAGAAAGCAAGCUAUAUAAAGAAAGGGUGGGAGGGGUGAGAGCUUUUUUCUUUUUUUGGGAAACAUUUAAGUAUAUUGUUUAAUUGUAUUACACAGAACCAGCCAGAAGUUAUCAUUGACCAUUAAAGGAUGAGAAUUUC